CCCAAACCACGUGUUUACACCAAACCCUUGCACCCAAACACAAAAUCAAACCCCGUCGGCAGUGCACAAUACACGCUUUAUACACACACAUAGACUAUACUAUCUGUACGUAUAGAUUCUACACAUACAUCUCAAUCUACUAGAUUCCUAUUUCCAGAAUCUAUUAUUACACAUCCUACAAGGCUUAUACUAGGGUUAAUUUUCCUGUCUUUUGCAUCGGGAAGCGUGCAAGACGAUAAGUGAAGAUGAAUCAGUUGUUGUUCUCGUUGGUGCUGUCUGAAAUGGCCUCGAUUAUGCUGCUGUUGUUCAGAAACCCACUUAGGAAGCUCCUGAUCAUGGGAAUCGAUCGCGCUAAACGAGGGCGGGCCCCACUGGUUGUGAAAUCUGUAGCCGCCACUGUGUUUGUGAUAAUGAUGUACUAUGUUUAUGCUGUUAGAGAGAUGCAGAGCCGGCCUGUGGAGUCUCUGAAUCCUACUGAUCAGAUUCUGCUUGCUAAUUAUAUGCUCCAAGCUUCUCUCAUGGGAUUCUCUCUGUUUCUAUCUUUUAUGAUAGAUAAGUUACACCAUUAUAUUAGGGAACUUCGCCUCCUUAGAAAAACCAUGGAAACCGCAAAGAAACAGUAUCGUAGUUUCGAUGAUAGCAAAAGUGGCGGAGGAGAGGGAGUGCAGGCUUUAGGCGAAGAGAUUUCUAAUUUGAGGGCAAAGAUCAAAGAGCUGGAAUUUAAAUGUGAAACGAAAGAAAAAGAGGUAAAAUCUGCUGAAACAAGUUUAGGGGCCCUCAAAAGUCAAUCUGAAGGAUUUCUCGAAGAACACGCUCGUUUGCAGGAAGAGAACCAAAACUUUCGGAACCAGCUGCAGUCUAUUGAUCAAAAUUCAUCACAUUCUGAUGGCAAGAAGAACAUGUAACUUAAGUUAAUACCGUAUGGCAAAAAGUGGAGUUCUCUAUAUCAAUGUAACAUAUAUUUAGAUUUUGUAUUUUGAGACCGCCUGUAACCAAGAAUGGAGAGAAAUGACUAGCUUUACAGUGAGAUUAUGUAUUUCAGUGCAAAAACUAAUGGAGGAAACAUUAUGAUGUUUGUCAAUAUCAAAGUGGCACAAAUCUGCUGAGGUAUUAUUGUGUGAUCAA